AUGGGUCUCUAUCGCGUCCGCGUGGCCACCGGGUCCUCGUUCUGUGCGGGCUCCAACAACCGGGUGCAGCUGUGGCUGGUCGGCGAGCACGGGGAGGCGGCGCUCGGGAAGAGCCUGCGGCCGGCGCGCGGUCAGGAGGCAGAAUUCAAGGAGGAUGUGCGGGAGUACCUGGGGCCGCUGCUGUUCGUGAAACUACGCAAACGGCGCCUCCUUCAGAAUGACGCCUGGUUCUGCAACUGGAUCUCGGUGCAGGGCCCCGGGGAUAGUGGGGAUGAGUUCUGGUUCCCCUGUUACCGCUGGGUGGAGGGCGAUGGCAUCCUGAAACUACCAGAGGGCACUGGCCGCACGGUGGUAGACGACCCCCAGGGCCUGUUCAGGAAACACAGGGAGGAGGAGCUGGAAGAAAGGAGGAAGCUGUACCGGUGGGGUAACUGGAAGGAUGGGUUAAUCCUGAAUGUGGCUGGGGGCAAAAUAUGUGACCUCCCUGUAGAUGAGCGAUUUCUGGAGGACAAGAAAAUCGAUUUUGAGGCUUCUCUGGCCAAGGGGUUGGCAGGCCUAGCUGUCAAAGACUCCUUAAAUGUUCUGACUUGCUGGAAAGAUCUGGAUGACUUCAAACGGAUUUUCUUGUGUGGCCAGAGCAAGCUGGCUGAGCGGGUGCGGGACUCCUGGAAGGAGGAUGCCUUAUUUGGGUACCAGUUUCUCAAUGGUGCCAACCCCAUGCUGCUGAGGCGCUCUACGCACCUUCCUGCCCGCCUAGUAUUCCCUCCAGGGAUGGAGGAGCUGCAGGCCCAGCUGGAGAAGGAGCUCCAGGGAGGCACGCUGUUUGAGGCUGACUUCUCCCUGCUGGAUGGGAUCAAGGCCAAUGUCAUCCUGUGUUGCCAGCAGCACCUGGCUGCCCCUCUGGUCAUGCUGAAACUGCAGCCUGACGGGCAACUCCUGCCCAUGGUCAUCCAGCUCCAAGUGCCACGAGAGGGGUCCCCGCCACCACUGCUCUUCCUGCCCACGGAUCCCCCCAUGGUCUGGCUUCUGGCCAAAUGCUGGGUCCGUAGCUCUGAUUUCCAGAUGCACGAGCUGCAGUCUCAUCUUCUGAGGGGACACUUGAUGGCUGAGGUCAUUGCAGUGGCCACCAUGAGGUGCCUUCCAUCGAUACAUCCUAUCUUCAAGGUGGUGAGCACAGGUGGGGGAGGCCAUGUGGAGCUGCUCAAGCGAGCUGGAGCUUUUCUGACCUACAGCUCAUUCUGUCCCCCUGAGGACCUGGCUGACCGGGGGAUCCUGGGAGUCAAGUCUUCCUACUAUGCCCAGGACGCCCUGCGGCUCUGGGAUACCAUCUCUCGCUACGUGGAGGGAAUGGUGCAUCUCCACUACAAGACCGAUGAAGCGGUGAAAGGGGAUCUCGAGCUGCAGACCUGGUGUCGAGAAAUCACUGACAUUGGGCUGCUAGGGGCCCAGGACCGAGGGUUUCCUGUCUCCUUACAGUCCCAGGACCAGCUCUGCCACUUUGCCACCAUGUGCAUCUUCACCUGCACGGGCCAGCACUCCUCCAUCCAUCUGGGCCAGCUGGAUUGGUACGCUUGGGUCCCUAACGCACCCUGCACAAUGCGGCUGCCCCCGCCGACCACCAAGGAUGUGACUCUGGAGACGGUGAUGGCAACCCUGCCCAACUUUCACCAGGCUUCUCUCCAGAUGUCCAUCACUUGGCAGCUGGGCAGACGCCAGCCCGUUAUGGUGGCUCUGGGCCAGCAUGAGGAGGAGUAUUUUUCAGGCCCUGGGCCCAAGGCUGUGCUGAAGAAGUUCAGGGAAGAGCUGGCGGCCCUGGAUAAGGAAAUUGAGGUCCGGAAUGCAAAGCUGGCCCUGCCCUACGAGUACCUGCGCCCCAGCCUGGUGGAGAACAGCGUGGCCAUUUGA